AGUCUCGGGUUCUGGGGCCGGCCAGGGGGCGUGCCCAGCACGCGGCCCGGCCCACCUGCGCGCUGGUUGGUGGAGCUUCGUCGAGGCCACGCCUCCAGGCGGCCCGCCUCCUGAGGGGGCGUGGCGAUGGGCCUGCCCGGGGCGGGCCGCGGCGGCCCCUCCAGCCCCCCCGGCCCGCACGCAGCCCGCGCAGGCGCACGCGCGCCUCCACGGCCGGGUCGCGGCGGGAGUGGGGACGCGCUCGCUGGAGCCGCGGAGCCGCCGCGCUGCUUCCACAGCUGCACAGGAGGGGAGCAUGUCUGCAACUCGAGCCAAGAAAGUGAAGAUGGCCACCAAAUCGUGCCCCGAGUGCGACCAACAGAUUCCUGUUGCAUGUAAAUCAUGUCCUUGUGGUUACAUAUUUAUUAGUAGAAAACUACUAAAUGCAAAACAUUCAGAGAAAUCACCACCUUCUACAG